UCCGGGAGCAGGCGUCUGUCUCUUUAAGCGCCAGGGGCUGCUGCGCUCCCGCCCGGGGAGCCCGGAGCCGGAUCUACAAUCCCGUCCCUCCCGCUCCGGCGCUUGUUGCUCGCCGGGUCCGGGCUGGGGCUGCCGCCGCCGGGCAGCGAGGCUCCUUCCUUCGCCGGCUGCUCGCGCGCCGCCUCCCCCGGGCGCAGGCUGGGGGGCAGCAGCAGCCCCAGCAGGAGGGAGGGGUGCGGCGCACGCGGCCGUCGCUUCCCAUCCUCAAGGCUCGGGGCGCCCCGUAGCCGCGGGGGCCAGACAUGCGUCGCUCCCCCCUGCCCAGCGUCGCCGCCGCCCGCGCCCGGAGAGGACGGAUUGCGGAUCCCACACCUGCAAACUCACCCUAGAAGUCUCAAGGUGCGGCUGGGAGGAGGGGUGGGGGGGUCGGUUCCCCAAGGCCGCCUCCUCUCCGCGGGUGAGUUUUCGCAGGUGGUCUCGGCCCCUGUCCGGGGGACCCGUGCCGAUGACCCAGGUGGUGCUUUCGCUUUCUGCCCCCUCGGCCGUGUGAGCGCGUAUCCGCAGCGUGAUGGGUAACCAGGUGGAGAAACUGACCCACCUAAGUUACAAGGAAGUUCCCACGGCCGACCCGACCGGCGUGGACCGGGACGACGGGCCGCGCAUCGGGGUCUCCUACAUCUUCUCCAACGACGACGAGGACGUGGAGCCGCAGCCGCCGCCCCAGGGGCCGGAUGGUGGCGGCGGCGGCGGCGGCGGCGACGGCUUGCCCGAUGGUGGCGACGGGCCGCCGCCGCCGCCGCCGCAGCCCUACGACCCGCGGCUGCACGAGGUGGAGUGUUCCGUGUUCUACCGCGACGAGUGCAUCUACCAGAAGAGCUUCGCGCCCGGCUCGGCGGCGCUCAGCACCUACACGCCCGAGAACCUGCUCAACAAGUGCAAGCCUGGCGACCUGGUGGAGUUCGUGUCGCAGGCGCAGUACCCGCACUGGGCCGUGUACGUGGGCAACUUCCAGGUGGUGCACCUGCACCGGCUGGAGGUGAGCAACAGCUUCCUGACGGACGCGAGCCAGGGCCGGCGCGGCCGCGUGGUGAACGACCUGUACCGCUACAAGCCGCUGAGCCCCGGCGCCGUGGUGCGCAACGCGCUGGCUCACGUGGGCGCCAAGGAGCGCGAGCUGAGCUGGCGCAACUCGGAGAGCUUCGCCGCCUGGUGCCGCUACGGCAAGCGCGAGUUCAAGAUCGGCGGCGAGCUGCGCAUCGGCAAGCAGCCCUACCGGCUGCAGAUCCAGCUCUCGGCGCAGCGCAGCCACACGCUCGAGUUCCAGAGCCUGGAGGACCUGAUCAUGGAGAAGCGGCGCAACGACCAGAUCGGGCGCGCGGCCGUGCUGCAGGAGCUGGCCAUGCACCUGCACCCGGCGGAGCCGGACGAGGGCGACAGCGACGCGGCGCGGACUACGCCGCCUCCCGGGCGCCCCCCUGCGCCCGGCGGGGAGGACGAGGCCCGGGAGGCGGCGGUGCACUGAGCGGCCGAGCUGGGUGCCGAGCCCCUGGGCGGGAGCCCUUUGCAGCCGCAGCAGCAGCAGCAGCAGCAGCAGCAGCAGCAGCUGCCGCCCCCCUCCCCUCCUCUCGCUCCCUCCUCCAGCACCUUCCGGGCCCCAUCUGGGCUCCUGGGCCAUUUGGAGAAAAGGAGAGUUGGCGAAAUGCGCAGCCAGCUGUGGCUUGAGCUCGUUCUCUUGGAUGGAGGAGCAGCAGGAGGGAGCACGUAGGCGCCCUUUAGCCGGGGCACUUCCUGCCCGCCCGCUGGAUCUGGCUCCCUUCAGGAGCUGGGCCGAAAGGUAGACUUGCCCGACGCUUCAUCCUUGCCGGACCUGGGUCCAGACUCGACCCUUCUGAAGCACUCGGGGGUGGAGGAAAGUUCAGAGGACUGGUGCCUGCUGUUGCCUCCUCCUCCCCCCCCGGGCUUGGAGGGGGCCCUGUACUGAAGCCUGAGCAGGUUUGUGGCGGCGCCCAGCUGGCAGAGAGCCAAGCUGCAGAUAGGCGCACCCCCACCUCCACCCCGGGGUGUGUGUGUGGGGGGGGAUGUGGGAGGCUGGGGUGAUUUACUUUUGGGGGAUUCCUGGGGUUGAAGGCUGGAGAGUCCAGGCCCAGGUCUGGGAGCAGCAGGCCACAACCAGAGCAGCCCCCCUGUGAAGUGUGAUGAAUAGUUUCGUGAACUUGGGCUACAAGACAAAGACUUUGCUACCUCCCCCCCCCCCCCCCCCCCCCCAAGUAAUUCAUCUUCUGGAGCUGGCUUCUACUGGAGUCUCCUGCUCCCUCCAAGUAAAUCAUUGUCACGGGCCAGCUUGGGGAAGGAUUCAAUUAUGGUUCUGUUUUGCCGCCUUUGUUUCUCGCCUGCUGUUGUAGGCACUUAGAGCCACGUUGUCAUCAAAGGAGGGAAUAGCCCUUUGUGUCUCUAAUCUAAUUAAACCUGCAUGGUUGUGUUCAUCCGCAGGUCACACAGAGGGUUGGCCGGUGCCACCCCAUAAAGUAUCCACUACAGAAGUAGUCAAAUGGGGUUGCCCUGGCAGGAAUCCCAUCUCCCACUCAUCAUCUGAUCCCCUUCCUCAACAGUGAAGAUAACCCUUUUUUAAACUCUUAAGGCUUUGGUGGUGGGCCUGUGAUUUGAUUUGAUUUGGGUUUUUUUGUUUUGUUUUUUAUUUUUGCCUCUUGGCUGUCCCAUCCCCCUCACUCACUUUUGUUCUGCAGGUGAUAAAAUCUUAGGCUUGAGGUCUAUUCAGUGAUGAGGUGUUUGUUUUGCUAGCCACACCUGAUGCAAUUUAAUCAAGAUGCAAAGUCUUAUUGUGUUGCAGCAGUCUCUUUGUUCCUUGGAGAACCCCCCCCCCUUUCAGAGCGCUCCUGCAAUUGAGAGGGGUGACAGCCAUCACAAAUUAAAUGCCACCUGGUGUAGUCAGCACUGAAUCUGGUGACAGUCCUAAGGCACAGGUUGGUGGCUGUGAGAUCUGUCGGCACCAGUCUGGCCUGUACUCUGAAUCUGCCACUGAUCCUGUUUGCUAUACUGUGGGGCCUCUAGAAAUUUUUACAACCCAUCUCUUGUAUUCAUGAGAGCUCUGGCAUGAUGUGUGCCCUUGAUUUAACGGUGCUGCUGUGCCGCAGAUUGGCAUUGCUAAUGCUGUCUCAAAAGUUGAGUGAAGUUUUCCUUUCCCUUGGGAGUCAUUUGAGAUGACACCGAACAAGUCAUUUUCUGAACAAAUUCUUACAGUAGGAGUGGAAUCCUAUUUGAGCGUCCUAAAAAGCUGUGGCCAUGUUUGGGCCUUCUCCCUGGGGAUUUCUAAGUCACAGCAACAAGACUUGAAGGAUUUCUUUGUAUACUUUUUUUUCAAACCUGGAAGUUGAUGCCAUAAUCUUUAAAAAGCCUAGACCGUCGUCGCACCUCAAUAUGAAAUAAUUGUGGGGGCAUUAGCUAUGUUCCCUGUUCUCACAAGGAUCACCAAACAGGUCCUGUCACAUUGCUAAAGAUGAACCACACUCAGAGCCCUAGUCUGGGACCUUGGAGAAAUGUCAGUCGCCUGGGGGAAAUGUAGCUCUAGUUUCCAUGUGAAAUAAUCUCCCAGCUUCAUGUUUAUAUUCUCUUGUUCGUGGCAAAGCCAAGCAAGGUAAAGGACAUUUAGGAGAACCUCCCACAUCUAACAGAUUUGGAUUUUCUUUUACACUUAACGUGGUGGUUGAAAGACCAGCGUGCAGACACCAAGAGGGGAGAAGAGCAGAACAGCAGAGUCUAGUAGCUCUGGGCUGGCUAGCCAGCCAGCUUUUCCACUUCCCUAUCUGUGUGUCUGCCUCCUUGGCCCUCAAUUGGAAAGUGAAUGUCAUUAGUCACACGGAGGUACAGCAGUGACUGUCGUUACAAAGGAACUGCUUUUUGUGGGAAGUCUCCACUUGAAGAACUCUUGUAAAAUCCGCACCCAUAAACAGUAGCAUUCUGCUUCUAGAGAAGAGGUGGGGGGGUUUUUGUUUUGUUUUUUUGAAAAUGAGCUAGAAGAGGAAAGCCAUCUCCUUUCCAAUGUAAUGCAAGCGUUUUUUUUUUACUGGCUACCAGAGAUGUGAAGUCUGGAACAUGAAGAAUGAUUCCGUUGGAAGUUUCCUUAGGGUUCCCUAGAGCUCUAAAGUAAAGCAACAAUCAACCAAUGAAGGCUCCAAGAAAGGGGACUUCGUCAACUUCCCCUCUUUCCUCAAGGUGGCAGUGUUGUGGAUAAGUGAGUUUUUAAAUGUCCAGGCUAUGGCUACAUCUGGCACUUUAAAAAAGUGAAUAUAUUUAAUAAUUUUUGUUUCUCCUUGGGAAUAAGACUUUAAAACUCUUUUGUACUGUGAAUUACGUAUGUUCUUUGAAAGAAAGAAAUAUCGAUUCUAAUGUUCUUCAGAAGUUGUGGCAGGGAUAAGCAGGACCCCGGACUGGAACAUAUCCUAAAAGUAAUGAAACAAAUUCUAUUUUCUUAUCUGAGCAAAUAUUUUAUUGAGACUGCUCAUGUAUGUCAAAGGAGCCCACAACGUCAGCGACACCAUUUUUUGUAUUGAAAGAACUCCUACUUUUUGUAGCUUUUAUUCCACAUGUGAUUGAAAAUGACUUUAUAGCACUAAAAUGCCUAGCAGAAGACUUGACACCAGACCUUUAAGGAAAUCUUUAGUUUUUAUGAAAAAUGACACUUCAGUGGUUAAACUUCUCGUGUCUUCGGUGUUUCUGGCCCUAAGAGCACCACUAGACAGCACCACAACCACAUGGAAACAUAUUUUUGGAAGCAAAACUUUAAUUUUGUACCACAUAUGCUAUGGAGAGUUAAGAAAAAUUAAUGACUACUUGUUUUCUAUUUUUUUUCCUAACAAAAUCGAAUCCACUGUGUCGAAGACUCUUGAUAUUAUGUGAUCGUCUAACCAUUUUUUAAAAUAAAUUAGAAUAAAAUCUGUGAUCAUGGUCAUCGAAUGGUUUUGUUUGGAAAGUUACAUUUGUGAGAUUUUUUUUUUUUUUUAAGUCAUGGUAACUACAAACUUGACUGGUUAUUCACAUUUUCACUAUGUUUUGUUCUUAGCUGUAAUUCUUGUGCCCCAUGGAGAAUUACAUUUACUAACAUGGUAAAUUCUAUGUGUAUUUUAUUUCCUAGUGAAUUGUGUAAACUAUUUUUGUUGAAGAUUGUAUGUUAAAUCAAUGUUAUGUUCUCAUACCACUUCUUGAGAAGGAGGUUCCGAUUUGAAAUUGUAUCAUUUCCUUCAAAAUGAAGGGCAGUGUUUAGUUAAAAUAAAAGAUCGAUGACAUCUUUUGAACCA